UAACCUCUUCCAACCUGAGAUGGGCACCUACUCACCAGGAAGGCUGCCGGCUCAGCCAGGUCUUUGAAAGGGAGUCCCAGGCUCUAGCCAUGAUGGGACAUCCUUGACUACUACCUUUAGGCCAGGCAAUAAAGCAGGGCAGGGCAGAGACAAGUGAGGAGGCGGAAGCUGGGCUGGUUGUGCAGGACUGACGGGUCCUGGUGCCACGCCAGCCUCCACUGAUGCAUGGUGAGCAGCCUCACAACAGGGCAGGGCGGCUGCAAGGUGCUGCGGUCUCUGGGUGUGGGACAGAUGGGUCAUUGCCCUGACUGUGCAGGGCUCAGUGUGCCCAGUCCCCUGUCCAUGUUCCAUGGCUGGCCCACUCAGGUCAGCCACAGGUACCUGCCUUACCAGCCCUGAGGCCAACUGCCAACGUGGACAGGAGUAAGCAGGGGCCAUCAGCUUCUUCCUAGUGGGGCUGUGAGUGGUCCUGGGGCCCUGCCCACCUGCUCCAGUCCUCCCACUUUGCUCCAUUGUGGUCCUGGUCACUGGACACACUGACCACACCUCCUGGAACCUGGGCCUCCUGAGCUGACCUGGAGGUCACAGAUGGUAGGUGCCCUCCAAUGGAGAUAUCCACAUCACCUGCGUCUCCCAGAACUUGGGGGAGUGUCUGCUUGAGAGAGAGGAUCCCCACACACGGUGCUUGAGCGCCACCUGGAGUCCAUAGGCUGGCUGCUGCCCCAUGACAAGAACAGGACAGAACUAGCAGAGGCAAGGACCAAGGUGAUGGGGAGAAGUCACACAAAUCUACAUGGACCUGCAUGUAGUGAAGAAGUUGCAGAGGACCCAGAGCUCCCAGGGCUCUGAGCCAGUGGGGAAUCCUAGCAGGCUUUCUGGAGGAGGUGAGCUGAGGGCUGAAGGACAGGCAUCACCUGGGCCAAGGCAGGAAGUUUCCAGUAUAGAAGAGGAGGAUGUAAGCCUAGGGAAGGGCAUAGAUGGGGAAGAGUGUGGAGUGGGAAAGAGUGUGAGGGUGGGCUGGGCGGAGGGUGUGGAGAAGGAGAGGGUAUGAGGGUGGGCUGGGGGGAGAGUAUGUAUGGGGAAAUGAACUGCAAGCCAGGCCCAGGAGUGGGGUUAGCAGAGUAUGGGUCUGGGCAGCAGUAGGGGCAUGUGGGGGGCACCUUAUCUCCUGCGAGUGGGUGGUGCUGUUAGAUCCAGUUUCAAGUGCUUUGCGGCUGAAAGGGGAGCAGCCCGCCACCUGCCUGUCUGCUGACUACCUCACUGGGCCAGUAAUGCGAGCCAGGCAGGGAGCCGCAGGGUGCCCUGGGUCCCCACCCGCUUCUGCAGCCACCCUGUGGCUGUGCACGCCUGCCCAGUGGUGCGGAUGCAGGUAAGAGAGGCCUGGGGCUGGGGAAGGCUGUGUGGGUGGGGGCCUCAGCCCAUGGCUGAGACAAAGGGUCAUGGAAAGGAGCUGAGCAGCUGGACAGGAGGCUGCCCAUAGGAACUGGGGUAUGCACUAAACCUGGUGUCCACUUGCCCCACCAGCUACCACCCUCCCUUCCAGAUCUGCAUGCACCUGCCAGCCCCACAGUCCUACCUCCUGAUCACCUGUGCUGGCCAGUCACAGAGUUGGCUAGGCAGGUUGCAGCCAUGCUGCUGCCCACUUACGGCCUCCCUGUAUACCUCCCCCAGGAUGCUGCAGCUCGAGGACCCCCCAGCUGCAGAAGAGGGUGGGACCCGGCGGAUUGACUGCAUCAUUUGCUACUCAGCCUAUGACCUCUCUGGGCACCUACCCCGCCGCCUCUACUGCGGACAUACCUUCUGCCAGGCAUGCAUGCGGCGGCUGGACAUGCCUGUGCACGAACAGCGCUGGAUCCCCUGCCCGCAGUGCCGCCAGAGCACACCCACACCUCGAGGAGGGGUGGCCAUGCUGGACCUGGACUUGGCUGCCUUUUUGGCUAUUAAGGCUGAACGAGAGCCAGCAAGAAUGGAGCCCUGGCCCCCUACACCCCUCAAAGAUGGCACCGCUAUCACUCAGCAGCCGACUGGGCUCUGCCCCACCUUGGACCCCCAGCCCCACUUUCCCCCAGCAAGAUGCUGCUGGAACUGUAGCAGCCUCUGCUGCCUGUCCCUGGGUAGCCACGAGGUCUGAACUCUGGCCCUCACCACCCCUGCAGGGGAACCUGCUGCCUGAGGCAGGCUUUCUAUGGAACCUCUGACCAUACACAGUCCACCCAGAACAACCUGGUGGCAGGGUGUCCCGGAUACAGCCUACCUGGCCCAGCAUGUCAGUGCCACCCUAGCCAAAGACAUCCCCAGGCCACAACCAAAGUUUGGGGCAAUGGCCAUGGUACCAUGAGACUCUGCUGGAGGCUGGUGACCUGUCCUGGCCAGGAUAGUCUGACUAUGUAUGUCAGGUGGGGACACUGUAAACCCAGCCUAGACCUGGACUCAGCUCAGAGGGUGUUAGGACACUCUGGUGGCGAGUCCUAGGGGCCUGGGCUAUUGGCUAAAAGGGCAGUGCCAGGUCAAGGCUAGUCCUGAGUGGGUCAUGCCAGAGCAGGUCUCUCCUCUCCUAAGAAAUGAGCCAGGAGGGGAGGACACCUCCCUCAUCCCUGCCCUGCAUGGUAGCUCUUUGAUGUUCGUCCACACAACAAAGUUCAUUGAAUUUCUA